AUGCAUUACGCCGUUCGCUCGUUGGUGAAAAAUAUUUCAAACGUUGGGAUUCUAUCAACCCGUCUAACACUAAAUCAAGCAAAUCAGAAGUUUCGAUUUGUUUCAAACCAAGUACGUGGAUUAAAAAACCGCUCAAAACCUAUUCAUAAUUCUGCUUCUGAAGUUCAAAUAUUUUAUCUUUCAUAUUUUCGAAAUUCGUGUCGCGUUGAUUUUUCGUGCAUUUCAACGAAUGUUUUCUUGCAGAACAUGUCGUUGGCGCCAACUGACUUGUCGCCAUGGCCAGAGUUCAUUCAAAAGCGUAUAGCUCUCUGGGACAAACUGAAAGCCGAGUAUGAUGCGAUAGUGGCUGCAAAAGUACGUUCCAAUAAGAUAUUAUCAAAAAAAAAACAUUCCGUCAGUUAAGGCGUUUAAACUAUUUAGAACUUUGUGAUUCAUAAAUUUUUUUGCUUCUUAAUAGGAUAAAUGGUAUAUUAUCUAGAAUGAACAUUCAAUGUCAAAAAAUGAUUCAGGAACGCAGUUUUUCUUUGAAGAAAUUUUUUAUUAUUGAAUAGGAAUCGUCGCCGAUCGAAAUAACAUUACCGGACGGUAAAAAGUUCGAUGGAAAAUCCUGGCGCACUACUCCCAUCGAAAUAGCUGAAAAAAUUUCGAAAGGUCUCGCUGAUAGUGCAGUAAUCGCAAAAGUUAACGGACAGGUGAAACGUUUUGAAAGAGGCAAAACGUUAAAACCGCUUUGAAGGUGUGGGAUCUCGACCGUCCAUUUGAAAGUGAUGCUACCCUUCAUCUCUUGAAAUUUGACGAUGAUGAGGCUAAGCAGGUAUUUUAUAUUGAUGUUUAUCCUUUUAAAGUUUUUUUAAAACUGUUCAGGUGUUCUGGCACUCCUCAGCUCACAUUCUCGGAGAAGCUAUGGAGCGUUUCUGCGGUGGCCAUCUGUGUUACGGACCACCUAUUCAAGAAGGUUUCUACUACGACAUGUGGCAUGAAGUAGCUGCACGAAUAUGUCUAUUCAAAAGACCCAAUUGAUUCAGAACCGUACGAUCUCACCGGAUGACUUUCCAAAAAUUGAUCAAAUUGUGAAAGCUGCUGUCAAGGUUUUGUCAGUUCCAUUGCCAAAUUAUGAAAAUUAGUUGUAGGACAAGCAGAAGUUCGAGCGGCUCGAAGUUUCAAAAGAAGAUCUGUUGGAAAUGUUCAAAUACAAUCAAUUCAAGGUUCCUUUUUUUCAAAUAGUGAAUGCUAAUGUAAGAAGAAAAGAUGAACAUUUUCUUGUUGGUUUUUUCAUCCUUACUACUCUUAGGUGAGAAUUUUGAACGAGAAAGUCACUACGCCUACGACGACCGUUUAUCGCUGUGGGCCUCUGAUCGACUUGUGUCGAGGGCCGCACGUCCGUCACACGGGCAAGAUAAAGGUAGUAAAAUAAUUUAUUCAAGUUUGUAAUUUUGGAACUUCAGGCGUUGCAAAUAACCAAAACUUCUGCUUCCUACUGGGAAGGCAAAGCCGAUGCUGAAUCACUCCAACGUCUUUACGGAAUUUCAUUCCCUGACGCCAAGCAACUUAAGGAAUGGCAGAAGCUUCAGGUAUCCAUGUUUAUUAAAAGUUUGUUCGAAUCAUUAGAAAUAAUUUUAACAGAGUAUGCUAUGGAAGUGCUCUUUUGUAAAUUUUUAUUGAACAGGAGGAAGCGGCCAAGAGAGACCAUAGGAAGCUGGGACGCGAGCAAGACCUUUUCUUCUUCCAUCCGUUAUCUCCGGGCUCCGCUUUCUGGUACCCAAAAGGUGCUUUGAUCUACAACAAACUCGUUGACUUCAUCAAAAAGCAGUACCGCGUUCGGUGAAUCAAUUGAUCUGCGAGAGUAUGUAAAUACAAAUUCAGCGGAUUCACGGAGGUUAUUACUCCGAAUAUGUACAAUAAGAAGCUGUGGGAAACUUCCGGACACUGGCAGCAUUAUUCUGAGGACAUGUUCAGGUAUUUUCAAAUACCAAUGAAGGAUUCCAAAAAGAAAAUUUCAGACUGGAGGUGGAGAAAGAAGAAUUCGGGCUAAAACCGAUGAACUGUCCAGGCCACUGUCUGAUGUACGGUCAUCAGCCGCAUACCUACAACGAGCUCCCGUUCCGAUUCGCCGAUUUCGGAGUACUUCACAGGUUUUCCUAUUGUUCUUUUGAACGAAGUUUAGCGAAUUCUGUAGAAACGAGAUGUCGGGGGCUCUGAGUGGUCUGACACGUGUGCGACGCUUCCAACAAGACGACGCUCACAUUUUCUGCCGACAAGAUCAAAUCGCGGACGAAAUCAAGGUGCUUCAUGGGAGUUUUUAGUAAAACUACAAUAAUCUUCAGGGAUGCCUCGACUUCCUGGAAUAUUGCUACGAGAAGGUUUUCGGCUUCACAUUCAAGCUUAACCUGUCCACGCGACCUGAAGGCUUUUUGGGAGAUAUCGAAGUAACCUCAGCCUCGAUGUUUUGAAAUCGCAAUAUUUUUAGACCUGGGACCUCGCUGAAGAGGCUUUGACCAACGUUCUGAACGAAAGUGGCAGAAAGUGGGUGCUGAACCCAGGAGACGGCGCUUUCUACGGCCCCAAAAUUGAUAUUACCAUUCAAGAUGCUUUGAAAAGAAGUCAUCAAUGUGCCACUAUUCAGCUUGACUUCCAACUGCCCCAUCGUUUCGAUUUGAACUACUUCGAGUGAGUUAUAUUGAUUAGAAAUUGAAAUAAUGCAAACAAUUAUCAAUUGACGUCAUAGACGUGAAUUUCCGUCUCCUCAUAAUUGCUUUUAAGUGAAAAGGGAGAAAAACAGCGACCAGUGAUGAUUCACCGAGCAGUUCUCGGCUCCGUAGAGCGAAUGACGGCCAUUCUAACGGAGAGUUAUGGCGGAAAAUGGCCUUUCUGGCUCUCUCCUCGCCAGGUUUUGGAGUUACUUUUCCAGUUUCAUUCGAAGCUUUUUCUAGGCAAAAAUUAUAACGGUUCACGAAUCGGUUAGUGCUUACGCGAAAAGUGUGAAGGAAAGAAUUUACGCCGCUGGAUUUGAGGUUUUCUCAUUUGCAAUAUUAGCCCAGGCUUUGAAGCGAAAAUUAAGGUUGAAUACGAGCCAGACUGCCCAGAUACCCUGAACAAGCAAGUCCGCAACGCUCAACUCGCCCAAUUUAACUUCAUCUUGGUUAUUGGAGCAAAAGAAGCCGAAAACAGCACGGUUAACGUUCGUACCAGGGAUAACGCGGUGGGUUACCUUCUAUGCGCUUUUUUUUUGAACAUUUCUCUCAUCCUUCAUCGUAGUUGGAUAUUUCAUGAAUAUCAUGAUUUUCAAUUUUUCUAUAUGAAAAAUCUAUUUCUGACCUAUUAGAUUUAGUGCUCCAGUUUGAAUAAGUUUAAACUUAUUAGAUUCAAAUUCUUUGAUAUAUCUCCUUUCGAUGUAUAUAUACGUAUUGAUUGAAGGUUCGUGGAGAAGUUGCUCUCGAAAAGCUUCUCGAUAAGUUCCGUCGAUUCGCAGACGAAUACACUUCCAACACGGAAAGCGCGGAGGAAUGGGCGUAA